AAAAUAGAGGGUAUUCUUAUGCUUUCUUUAGCGCAAUCAAUGAAAUGAGAUUUUAAAUGCUUGCUUUAAAGCAUCCACAGACAUGUAAUUAUAUGUAUACAUACAUACAUACAUACAUACAUACAUACACACACACACACACACACACACAUAACACGUACAUACACACAUAUAACACACACACAAACACCAACACACACACACACACACGCACACACAUGCACAACACGCAUGCACAUACAUACACACAUACAGACAUACAUAUACACACACAUACACACAUCUACACACACACACAUACACACACACAUACAACACGCACACAUAUACAUACAUAUACACAUACACACACAUAUACAUACAUAUACAUAUCUAAGCAAGAUAGGAAUAAACUGUUCAACCUGGAUGAGCAGCGAAAGAUUGUAAAGUUAAAACUUUG